AUGGAUUCGGUUGCUCUAAUGCUCAGUAGCUCAACAAUGUAUCUGCCUCUACCUGGUGAUCCUGCAUUCCAUAUGGAUUUAACGAAUCAAAAUUUAAAUGAGGCGAACUCCAGUGUAGGCUCGUUAUCUGUAAAUGAUAUUUCAGCAACCGAAUAUAUCCUCGUUGAUCACGGGCACAUUGGUGGCCAUGGCUGUGGAUACAUGUCACCUGAAUACGCAAUGCAUGGGCAAUACUCCAUCAAGUCAGAUGUGUUUAGUUUCGGAGUGUUGGUUCUGGAAAUCGUGAGUGGCCAGAGAAAUGUUUGUAUCCAAAAUGGGGAUAAUGUUGAGGACCUCUUAAUUCUUCUAUGGAAGAACCGGCGAGAAGGGACAACAGCAAGUAUGGUAGAUCCUACGUUGAUGAAUGGCGCUGGAAAAGAUACAAUACCAAGUAACCCUUUUAAACCUGAUGUAAGAAUCAAUGGUAAAAAUAGAAUACCAGAAAAGAAAGAUGGUAACACUACAAAACAGGUUUACAUCCGCGUUGCUGCCUCAGUUGCACUGGCUAUAAUAUUUAUUGCGUGUAUCGCUAUCUUCGUUCAAGAAAGUAGGCCAUCGUACAAAAUCACCGAGACUGCUGCCAAUACUAGUGAUGCUGAAUUUCUGCAAUAUGACUUUAUCAGCAUUAGAGCCGCAACUAAUGGUUUUGAUAAAGCUAACAAGCUGGGGAGAGGAGGAUUUGGAAAUGUUUAUAAGGGAAACCUUAUAACCGGACAAGAAGUAGCAGUUAAAAGGUUGUCCAAAUAUUCAAAGCAAGGAGAGCCGCAAUUCAAGACUGAGGUUUCCUUGGUUUCCAAACUCAAACAUAGGAAUCUAGUGAAACUCUUAGGUUUCAUAGCGAAGGGAAUGCUUUAUUUGCACGAAGAGUCGGGACUCAAGAUCAUUCAUUGCGAUCUCAAAGCAAGUAAUGUAAUGCUAGAUGAAAAUUUGAAUCCCAAAAUUUCAGAUUUUGGGAUGGCAAGAUUAAUUAAACAAGAUGAUAGUGGCGGAAGUACACUCAACAUUGUUGGAACUUAUGGAUAUAUGGCCCCUGAAUACGCAAUGCAAGGAAAAUACUCCUUCAAGUCUGAUGUGUUUAGUUUUGGGGUGCUGGUUCUGGAAAUCGUGAGUGGUCAAAGAAAUGGUUGCGUUCGAAAAGUGAAGAUGAAUGAGGAGGAUCUCUUGACUCUUGUAAGCAAGGCAUGGAAGAACUGGCAAGAAGGAAGAGCAUUAAAUAUGAUAGAUCCUGUGCUGACAAGCAGUUCUUGUUCUGUGCUCGAUAUGGUGAGAUGCAUUCACAUCGGAUUGUUGUGUGUUCAAGAAGAUCCUGCAAACAGGCCAUCAAUGGCUUCGGUUGCUCUAAUGCUCAGUAGCUCAACAAUGACUCUGCCUCUACCCGAUGAACCUGCAUUCCAUAUGGAUUUAACAAAUCAGAAUUUAAAAGAGGCGAACUCCAGCGCAGGCUCAGUAUCUGUAAAUGAUAUUUCAGUAACCGAGUUAUAUCCUCGUUGA